UCAGCAAACACCUGCAGGAUGUGGCCAGACUCAGAGAGAAUGAAGGAGAGGAGAAAUAAGAGAGUCAAAUCAUCAGGUGUGAGACAUGGCGCUGAGAGCCGCUCUGCUGAAGAGUAUCUGGUACGCCUUCACGUCCCUGGACACCGAAGACAGCGGCAAAGUGUCCAAAUCACAGCUCAAGGUUUUGUCUCAUAACCUUCACAGUGUUUUGAGGAUUCCUCACGACCCUGCGGCCCUCGAGAGACACUUCAGCGAUGACGAUGACGGUCCCGUAUCCAGUCAGGGGUACAUGCCCUACCUGAACCAGUUUAUACUGGACAAGGUAACUGAGGGGACGUUUGUUAAAGAGGAAGUUGACGAGCUGUGCUGGACUCUCUGUUCCAAGAAAAACUACCGUCCCGACGCGCACCGGGUUCUGUCCAAUCAGGAUGCUAUGCGGCUCUGGUGUCUCUUCAACUUCCUGGCAGACGACAGAUAUCCUCUCACACUCGUGCCGGAGGAGGCGGAGUAUCUGCUGAGGAAGAUCAGCAGCGUGAUGCCGGUGGAGCUGACCUGCGUGGAGCUGGAGGACGGUCUGAGCGUCUGGAGCUUCCUGAACGAGGUGAACGCGGCGGCUGCAAGUCGAGGAGUGGACGGCGAGAGCAUCAGUGUAGCCGUGGAGAAGGUGUACAGAGAGAUGGUGGGGAACAUGCUGAAGGAGGGCUAUCUGUGGAAGAAGGGUAACCUGCGCAGGAACUGGACGGAGCGCUGGUUCUGUCUGAAGCCCGGCUCGCUCUCAUACUUCACCAGCGAGGACUGCAGGGACUGUAAGGGCGUCAUCGAGAUGGACCAGAACUGCUGUGUGGAGGUGCUGUCGGACCGAGACGGGAAGAGAUGCAUGUUCUGUGUCAAAACGCUCAAUAAAACCUUCGAGAUCAGCGCGCCCGACUCCAGACAGAGACAGGAGUGGAUCACAGCGAUCCAGACGUCUCUGCGUCUCUCCGCUGAAGGCCGGGUCUCGCUGCACGAGGAGCUGAAGGAGCGGCGGCGGGAGCUGCGCGAGGAGCGGGAGAGGAGGCGCGCGCUGCGGGCGGAGGAGACGCGGAGGCUGCUGGAGCUGCAGGGGGAGCGCGAGGAGCAGCUGGCUGAGCUGGAGCUUCUGAAGGAGGCGCAGAGACAGGCUCAGGUCUCCCUGCAGCAGGAGGAGCAGAGGAGGCGCAGCCAGCACGAGGAGCUGCAGAAAACCCUGCAGAGACAGCUACAGGAGGCGCAGGAGGCGCGGGCGAAUCUUUGUGCAGAGGUGGCGGUUCGCGAUCUGGAGGCCGAACAUCAGCAGCGGAGAAUCAAAGAGCUGGAAGAUCUUCAUCACAGACUGCAGGAAGCUCUAGAGCAACAGAUCAGAGCGAGACAGGAGGAAGAGACGUACAGAUACACACAGACCAGGCUGCUGGCGGAGGAGGAGGAGAAGGUGAAGUCUCUGCUGGCGCUGCAGGAGGACCAGGAGGAGCAGCUCCAGCAGACCCAGCGCGAGAAGCAGGAGCUCCUGCAGGAGAUGGAGAGGAAGUCACAGGCUCUGGACGAGGCCCAGAACCAACUGGACAAAGUGCGGGCCAGCCGACGCAGAGUGGACCAGGAUAUCGUGGCCGCCCAGCGUAAACUCCGGCAGGCCAGUACGAGCGUCAAACACUGGAACGUGCAGAUGAACCGCCUGAUGCACCCCAUCUGCCCUGGAGAAAGGAGAGCGUCCUCCAGUAAUCUUCUCGCACCUCCGGUCCGCAUCCCCUCGGUCAGCGAGACCGAAUCCAGACCUCCACCGAGACCCGAGAGAGAGAAACAGAACAGCCUCGAUUGUGACAACAACAGCGGCUGCGAUAAUAUGGACUGCAGCAACAAUGAGAACAAAGAGCCAACUGAUGCUGAGGCUGAAUAAACCUGACAGAAAUUAGUAGUUCUGACAUAGCACUUAAUAAACUUAAAGACAUAGUUCAGACAAAAAUGAAAAUGUGCUGAAAAUGUCCUCACCCUCAGGCCAUACGAGAUUAG